AGACACUGAAUACAUCCAUAUAAAUCGCUGUCAUCAAAGUGCAGGUGCCAGGGUCACAGAUCAACUGCUUGGACAUCACUACAACACAGUUCUAGGAGGCCAUGGCCGCCGCGGGCGCCGCCCCCGCGCUGCGUCGAUUGCUGCUGUGCGCUCUGGUGGCUGCGCUCCUCAACGCCCACGCCUGCUGGCGCACCGACCACAAGCCCCGAGUCUUCGGCGACCGCAUCAAGCGCAGCAAGCUGGUGACGACGCAUCGCGAGGUGCAGCGCAAGAUCGUCAACUACCACAACUUCUUCCGGUCGCAGGUUGAGCCUCCCGCUUCCAACAUGCUCCGAAUGACGUGGCACAAAGGCGCGGCGCGGGCGGCGCAGAAGUGGGCGGAGAAGUGCCAGCUGCUCACCCACGACGACGUCACCGGUCGCUGGGUGCACAACUUCGGCUCCUGCGGACAGAACAUCUUCAUCUCCACGCAGCAGGUGCCCUGGUUAUUCGCCAUCCGCAUGUGGAACGAAGAAAGGCACAACUUCUCGUACGGCGCGCACAACAACAACAUCUACGUGGUGGGCCACUACACGCAGAUGGUGUGGGACGCCACGCACAAGGUGGGCUGCGGCUUCCACCGCUGCGACGGGGGCGGCGGGCGGCGCAAGCCCUACUUCAGCUACAUCUGCAACUACUGCCCCAUAGGCAACUACAUGGAGCGGCUGGGGCGGCCGUACACGCACGGGCACCCGUGCGGCGACUGCCGCGGCCACUGCAAGGUGCGCAAGCUCUGCACCAACUCGUGCCCGGCCGCCGACAUGUGGGCCAACUGCCACGAGCUCAACGCCACAUGGCACGACUGGCUCUGCCGCAACCCCACGCGCGAGGGACGCGAGCGCCACAAGUACUGCAAGGCCACCUGCAACUGUCAGGGCAAGAUAGUGUGAGCGGACCGCCAUCUUGCCGGCGCGCCGGCCGCCAUCUUGAUGCGUCGCACGGGCCCCCACCGCCUGCACUAUACAACGAUUCAUGCGUUUUUCAUGCAGUGGCCACAAUCCGGUAGACUGCAAGGGUGUGUGCAGGUCUUGAAAGGGUCAAAGCUGGAAAUAUAGAAUGAUCCAGAAAGGUUAAUCCUAUUUGAAGUUGGCGAUCGUUUCUUAAUUUCUAUUUCAAUACCUCCAAGUAAAUGUAAAGCAAUUUAAUAGCUUUCAACAAAUUGUUACAAGACUCUCACACAAUGACUGCGUUUGUAUGGAUGUGCUAAAAUUGAUAUUAAGGAAUUGGUGCCACAUUCAAUUCGUAGGAUUAAUUUAGGUUAGGAUUUCUACCAGGAAUUGUCCUGAUUGACACUUGAGCCCCUAGCGGAUUUUCGCCACAUCCGUGAAAUGCAUUUAACAAACGAAGGAUUUGUGAAUUGGCCCCUUUUCACCUCUACAUGCGAGGGUGUGGUCUGUGAUCGGUAGUGUUGACAAUAACGAAAUGAAAGGACUGUUGCAGAUUGACAUAUCGCAAGCACUGAGGUCAAUUACAAGAAAAUCGUGGAGAGAUUUGUGAAAAUGGAUGUAUGUGUGUGAGUCAAAACUGUUGUUGAUAAUACAUGAUGGUAAAAACUAGCUCUCCGCCGUGCAGUAAUUUUCCAAAACGGAAUCCAUCAGUUUUCAGACUUUUAGUAACAAAUAUAACAUUCUUAUCAAUUCGCUAACGAAUGAAUUCAUGAUUCCUUUACAUGUCAAAAGUCAAAGGUUUUAUUUCAUUACAUAGCAAAUGUCUAGCAGAAAAAUGCAUAACUAAACACAGUCAAAAACAUAACUUUCAUGAUACAGCCUACUAUUAUUCUGCUGAAAUGAAGACCCUUUACUAAAUAUGACCAACGAUAGUUUCAGAAAAUUUGUGAAAUUUCGAAGUUUUCUUUAAAUUUAAUGACAUUCAUUGAACUCCUUUAUUACUCGCAUACUUGUUUUGAUUUUGGAGUAGCCUAUCAAAUCACAGUUCGAUUUAUUUUCUAUCAUUUAUCUAUUCUCUACUUCUCAAUUUUUAAUGAAAUUUUCUAGAAUGCAAAUAAAAACACUAUGGUACGAGUAUUUCAGCCCUCUAAUUUUCUUGCUUCCUUCUACUUUUGUUACGAGCAAUCAAGCACUGUCUUGUAGUACUGUCCCUAAAUGUCUUAAUGAUGUUCUUUGACUUUCUAUAAUAGUGAUCGGGGAAAAUACUUUUUCAGCUCACCAUACGAAAGAAUGAACAAAGGGAGAAACUUAUCUAAUUCCCUCAGUCCACUGUAGCGGAAUAUUUUUUUAACCUGCGUUAUUGUGAUCUAACUCGCGAAAAAAUCCGAAGAGCUAAUUAAAACGUCGUGGAGGAGGAGUGACCGUAUUUGGCGGGCCAGAUGGCGCCGAAAGGCCGGCGACGCGGACGCAGCGGGUGGCCGGGGCGGGAACUAGCUACUUCAAGGGCAGCGCGGCCUCGCGAAUUUCCAUGUUUGGGACUAGCUGAAAGUCAAGGCUCUGCUUGCAAUUGGCACGGCUGCGGCGAGUUGGCUGCGGUUGAGGUCAACGAUCAGCGACCCUCUGCGUCUUUCGCGCCUCUAUUCAGGGUCCUCUUUGCGUAAACCGGAGCUUACUUCCGGGAAUGUAGUACUACAGAGUAAACUCUAAAUAUUGAACUCCUUAAUAAUGAAGCACCAGUGCUGCUAUUCUAUCUUUUUUAAAGAACCGAUUUUUUUUAUUUCAAUAUAAUAAAUGGCUCAUUAAAUGAAGUAAAAUGUCCCUACAGAAAAAUUUUAAUGCAACAUGCGUUUACAAAUUUAUGGAAACAGUCAUUUAAGAACUUAAUAAUUCAGCCUGAAGGUUACGAAAGUGAUCACGAAGCUAUUUGAUUCUGUGAAUAUUAUAUAGUACUUCGCUUCGUCCUGACGCGUGUAUUAGUAGGCAUAUGGUUUCAAUGACAUAGUCAGAAUUUCACGAAAUUAGUCGCCUCAGAAUUAGCAAGCGGAUCAAAUCGAGAGAAAUCGUCUUAGACAGAAAUGUGUUAAUCCGAGUUGCUAUAAUUUAAACAAAUUGAUUGUGAUUAAUUUCUAUUGUUUCUGCGUAUCAUGAAAAUUUUAACAACCGGUUCUGGGAACUACAAUAACUUCAACAUGAACUGGUGCGAACCAGCUGAAUGACAGCACUGUGAAACACUAUCUAUAACCAGAGAUGGAUCGAGAAAGUGUUUGAUUUCGCGGAAAGAGCAAUUUCAGUUCAGAAUCUCCCUCUUCAUCAAUAUUUUUGAAAUAAUCAACACUUUUUAUUGUAAGCUUCAAAUAAAAAUAUAUAUUAAUAGAGCAAAUACGCAUAGAUGUGCGCAACUUAAAGGAGGUGAACUACAGUUCUGCCCCCCUCCUUUUUUUACCAAAAAUAAAAGGAGAAAUCGGAGAUGAAACAUAUGGAAAAAAAUUAUUAUGUGAAGUUACUGGACCCCUUUCAAAAUUUUCAACCCCCCCCCCCCCAAAUCCACCCUGUGUGCAUGCUUAUACUCCUCUAGUUGUGAUGCAAUCAAUAUAUUGUAUGGUAAUUGUUUUGAUUACGUUGAGUAGAAAAUCACAAACUUUUUGCUUGGACAGUUUAGCAAGGCUUCCAUGCCUCCCUCCCAGAAUGUCACAUGCCUAACGUCUUUGGUCUUUAUUCUUCCAAAGAACUCUAAAACUCAAUGACAAAAACCCCAAAAUGUUUCUGUAAAACAUUAAAUUUUAAUAAUUAUACUUAAGUAUACAUACUUUUUUUUAUAAAUUCUGAAACCUAAAUUUAAAAACAAAUCUUGAAUGUGAGAUAAGUAUUUGAUUUUUGAACAUCAAAUUUGUUUUUUUUCUAUGAUAAUGACAACAGAUGAUCAUUUGAGAGAAGAAAUCUAGUUUUUAUUAUAUAAAUGUGAGCAAAUAUAUAUUGCUUCAUACACAACACAAAAAGUUUUGUUUCAUUGUUUUAUAAAGGCGUCAAAUAGAAUAAGUAGUGCACAAAAUGAAGGCUGAAAAAUUCUUUCUAACUUAAAGACUAUGUAGACUUUUCUAAAUGUCUCAUUCAUUAUUUAUGUGUAAUGUCUGAAUACAAUUUUUUUAAAAAAGCAUUUGGCAUGAACAAAAUAAUGUACAAUUUGUAUAAUUUAACGUGAAUAAGAUCUUGGUAAAAACAUUAAAAGCCAUCAUUCAACUUAAUACUCAGUUAAAGGAAUAUAUUUUCCUAUGAGACAAUAUUUUUCUUAUAUAUUAAAACUACUUUCUUGUCAUUAUAUUUGUAAAUGUGUCAAGUCUAUGAGUUCAUGUUCUCUGAGUUUGUUUAUUAUUGAUAUAUCGCUAGAUUUUUCCAUUAUGAUAUUAAUAAUCCAAUCUGAAAAGUUUGACCAUGUUCUAGUGGCCACACUUCAAUAACAUGCUCUCUUAUCAUUGUAUUAACUUUCUUCACAGAAACUGAAAAUCAGAUCUAUUUUUGUACAGUAUUUAUAAAUGUAAUACCUCUGUGUAUGUGUCAUAACCAUAAUGUGUGUGUGUGUGCGUCUUGAGGCAUUAUUUUGUGCCAAGGCCUUUUUGAAAUGCGUAAGCAACAGAGCGGACUUAAGCUCUAAAUCCCUGAGUGAUUAUGUAGUUUGUAUAUCCAGUCCUGGAAUUUUUUUUAUGUUAUGAAUUUCAUACCAUAAGUUGCACAGUGUAUCUAUGCAAAUGUUACGCAGUACACAUUGGAAAUUUGUAUGUUGUUUAUUGCAUUCUUUGUGUCUGUAGGAAUGAAGAGAGAACUUCAUUUUUUAAACAUGAAAAAUGAAGUAUGCAAUUGGUAGUUCCUCCAUUGUAUAUAAAUAAACACUAGGAAGGCUUUUACAGAAGAUUUCAUUUAAGUAGUCAUUGGCUUCAAAAAUCUUUGUUUAUUGAACAGACGUCCUUAAACUAAAAUACUUUUACUGUGUAUAUUUUUUUAAUUACAAAUAUGAAUAAGUUCCUUUCACUAUUAUCAAUGUACAUUGGUUCUUUUAUGCUCUGACAAAUAAAAAUUUAAUGCAGUAAGUAAACGACAUUAUUACACAGCAAAAUAUUUCUGUUCUUUUUGGACAAUUUUACUGGAAACAAUAAAUUAGUUCAUAUUUAAAUAAUAUGAAAUGUUAUUCAAAUAUAUAUAUAUGAAAUAUUUUUUGGAAAUAUUUCAUCUAUUUAAGUAAGCAAUGUUCUAAUACAGAAAACCGAUUCUAGAUACUGAAAUUAUGUCACUCGGUUUUCUGACAUAUUUUACACAAUGGUAAUAUAUUCUACUGCAUUAGAAGUAUUGCAUGCUUCUAAAAAUUAUGUUUUUUUAUGACAUGUUAAGAUUUCAAUUUUUUUCGUUAAAUUCAGUGAGAAGACUUAAAAAUGUGUGCAUUAGGUUACAAAAUAAUUUUUGGAUUGUACAAUUUAAUUUGAUAAUGAAAACAAAGAAGGAGGGUAUCGAUUGAGAACUUACCAAGUGAAACUUUUUCCUAUAAAGAUUUCUACGUUUAGGACUGGACUGGACUUCUAAUUACAUGGUCACUGACAGCGAGCUGGUGCUAAGGUUUUGUGCCAUGGUGGUUUUUCAGCUGCCAGACUUAACUGCUACUGCCAUAAUUAUUUUAUUUUAUAUAAUGUAUCACUGUGUGUUAUAAAUACUUUUGUUAUACAUUUUAUUUUUAUUGCAAUAAGAAAUAUAUUAUUGGAAUAGAUUAUCU